GGAGCUCCGCGGCGUGCGGUGGCUACAAGUGCCACAGCGGUGAUCGCGGACUUUCCGGAGGAACCCUCGGGGACUAGCGCGGUUCUGCAGCCGCACUGGGUGGGCCAAGCAGGAAGCCUGCCUUCUCAUUGAGGGAUCCUGUCACAGAGAUGUGUGAAUCCUUGGAUAAAUUUGGCCUGGUGACGGCAAUGCCUUCUUCAGAGACACUGCUACUUCCCCCCUGCUCCUUUUCUUCCCUGACCUGAGAUUCCUAGUGUUAAUCCCUGUGAUAAAUCAGAGGGUUUGCCCUUUUCACACUUUCUAGCUACUAGACAUCCUCUGCUUUCCCUCCCCCCUUUCAGGACGACCUGGGCUUGAAGUGUCAACACUGUGGCUGCCAAGGAGAUGGGGGCCUCCGAAGCAGCACUCCUGGUGGUGCAGCCUUAGGUGGUUCUUCUCUGUGCUGCUAUUGGCAGAAUUUCUGGGACCUGCUGGGGGAUGUCUGGGUAGUUCUAAUGGAGCCCCACCAUCUUGCUAGGAAGAGCGGCCAGGCAGCCUGGUGUGAUGCUGCGGUCUGGGGUUCAGGAGGGCCUCCAGCUGACCAGGCAGAUGCAGCAGCCACCAAAGCUGCUCUCUGCUGCCAGAGACACUGCACGUCCCUGCCAAGAGCAGCCGAGGUGGAAGGCUCUAAAGUUGGUCCUUCUCCAGCCUCCCCCUCCCCCUCUCUGCAAGACAACGUAAUCCAGCCAAACUCCUUCCCACCAGGACCUCUCACCUCAGGGAAUCACCAAAUAGCAGAACGGAAAGUCUGCAAUUGCUGCAGCCAGGAACUAGAAACUUCUUUCACCUACGUGGACGAGAAUGUGAAUUUGGAGCAGAGGAACCAGAGCUCCCCUUCAGCCAAAGGGAGUAAUCACCAGGGAGACCUUUGCUGGGGAAAUCCCAAUGAGUGGUCCCACGAGGCUGCCAUCUCCUUGAUAUCCGAGGAUGAAGAGGACACGAGUUCGGAAGCCACGUCUUCAGGGAAGUCCGUAGACUAUGGUUUCAUCAGCGCCGUCUUGUUCUUGGUCACUGGCAUCUUGCUGGUGAUCAUCUCUUACAUCGUCCCGCGGGAAGUGACUGUGGAUCCCAACAGCGUGGCAGCCCGGGAGAUGGAGCGCCUGGAGAAGGAGAGUGCCAGGCUGGGGGCGCAUCUGGACCGCUGUGUGAUUGCCGGGCUCUGCCUGCUUACUCUUGGGGGGGUCGUUCUGUCCUGUUUGCUAAUGAUGUCUAUGUGGAAGGGGGAGCUGUACCGUCGCAACAGGUUUGCCUCUUCCAAAGAAUCUGCAAAACUCUAUGGUUCCUUCAGCUUCAGGAUGAAAACCAGCAGUCACGACAAUGCCCUGGAGCUGUCCUUGGUAGAGGAAGAUGCUCUGGCUGUACAGAGUUAACUCUGGUUGUGAACUUGAGAGUCUGCCUUGGCAUUUUUUAUAUGAAAACACACACACAGCCACAAACAAAAACAAACCCCAUUUCUUAAAAUUAACAGUGCAGUUUGUUUGCCUGGAAAGAAAAAUUGAUUUCCCAAACCAACAGCCUGUGAGUGUUUUUGUUCUCCACGUAUUUUUUAUUUAGAAGAAAAUCCAUGUAAGUUGCAUUAAGAAACCACACUCAGCUACACCUGUCCUUCUAAAGAGCUGAGAUAGAUUAAUCUGUGAUGGCCAUCAACUUCUACUUCUCCAGCAAAAUAUUUCUAAUGGCCCAGUGUACAAAUGAUUUCUUUGAUAAGAUAUAGGAUAUUAUUCUUUGGACACUAGGAGUUCCCAUACACAGAUCAAUUGUAGACAUCAAUUUUGUCAAAAAGAGCUUAAGCACUAUUCAUAUAAUAAGGUUUAUAGUUAACUAGAGGCCUGGUGCAUGAAUUCGUGCACAGGUGGGGUCCCUCAGCCUGGCCAGUGAUCUGGGCCAAUUGGGGCCAUCUCACCCAGUCCUGAUUGGGGCUAAUAGGGGUCAGUUGGGGAGGGACUGCAGGAGGUUGGCUGGCCUGCGCUGAUCUGGGCCAAUGAGGGCUGGCUGGCCGGGGAGGGACUGCAGGAGGGCUCCCUGGCAUGUCGGGACAUCCCACCCAGGCCCAAUCAGCCAGACCCCAGCAGCAACCUAACCUACCAGUUGGAGCGUCUACCCCCUGGUGGUCAGUGGGUGUUACAGCGACUGGUUGAAACACAGCAUAUUACGCUUUUAUUAUAUAGGAUUCUUAAAGUUUCUUAUUCAUUUUUUUUUAUAUGUUUUUCUUCCUAUAAUUUGGCUACACACUAAAAUAUAGGGUUUUGAGUUUGAAUGUUUCAAAAAGUGAGGAUUGUUGGUUAUUUUUUUAAACUAUAAAUUGCAUAUAUUUAAAAUUACCCCUGUACUCAGAAGUGGUAAUUAAGUCACUAGAAUACACUUUCUAGUAAAAGGAAAUUAUAUAAAUCAUUACGAGAUCAAUCUGAAUUUAACCUAUAAUGGUAAUGCCAGAUAAUAGCCAGUGUCUCAUGCCCAUUCUCUAGAUGAAAUAAAAUUACUGGCUGAUAUAAAUUUCAUUUUUUGUCUGCGGUUUAGCUAUGAUACUGGUUACCCAUGCUCUUGAAGUCCUUCCUGGCUCUCACAUCCGAGAGGCAGUUCGUAAGACAUUUUAAAAAUAUUUCCAGACAUGCAAACAUCUAGGCAGGUUUGAGUCAUGAUUGGCUCAGGCACACUCCCAGCUGAUGUUUUGUUGUUUGGAGAAAACUUCCAAUACAAUUGUAGCUGGACUUGGGGACUGUGCCUAAAAGCAUGUAUUACUGGCUCUAGGCCAUGCAAUGAGACAUUGCCCCAGGAUGUCAGCAGUCCUUAAAACCCAUAGACAAAAAAUUAAAAUGGAGAGAAAGUCAAUGGGAACUGCACCCCUCAUCACAAUGGUCUAGGCAUCACUCUGAGUUCUUAUAUCCAAGCCCUCAGUGACUGAGCUCAGGAAGCUCCUAUGAGAGGCAUGAUGGGCAAUGUGGCAAAACACCCAGUAUACACCCUAACACAUCAUCUUCCCUAAGGUAGUGGUUCAGGAAGUGCAGCCUCAGAAAGAUCUUGAAUUUUGCAAUUAUUCCUUGAGAUGGUUCCAACCUCAUGCGGGAGGAUUUGUUGUGGCUUCUAGUACUGUGUUACCAUUUUCAGUGGGGUCAUUCUGAAAGAGGACUGGAGCUGGGGGUUGGAGUGGGAGGGCAGGCAUGGGGAAGUAAGAAAGUGAUUUCUUUGCAGAUUGUAAAGCCUAAUGCCUGCUGUCUUUUGUUGUUGAGGACUGUGGAAUACGUGGGUGACUUUGGCUGGCAGAGUGUGUGAGUCAGGAUUUCUAUAUGAAUGAGCUCUUGGGUGUCAAAUGGAUUUGAUAAGUAUGCAGUGUGUGACUAAGGGUUAAAGGGAAACACAAAAGGGAAGAUCAGAGGACAGUAAAAAAUAGAGAGGAUGGGUAUGUGAAAACACUAUUAGGCAAAAAACCCCAAGAAAUAUAUGAACAUUGGAGGAAGUUAGAGAUCAGUUACCCUAUAGAAUAGCCUAUUAUUGAUUCAGGAAGAAUUGGGACAAGCUGUACAUGAUUUCUGUUUUCUACUGCUGGUUCUUUGUGCUUUUCGAACAAACGUUUUGUUUUACUGUGAA